UGCCCCCACCCCAGCAGCUUUUGGGCAGAAUAACCGGCCAGAAUAAAACUAUAUGGCCGAGGAGCUUGGACUGGACACGCGGGGCGCUGCAGGGGGCGCAACAUGGAUCAUUGACGAGGGAGGAGUAGGAGGGGCUCAGAGCUGCAGCUUCAAUCGCAGAGAAUCGCAGAGGUCCCGGCAGGUCACAUGUUGCUGUCUCUCUCUCACACACACACACUUGCAGCCUACGUGCCGGCCGGUGUAUCGGAAAAAAAGAGCGGCAGCAUCAGGGAGUGGGAUGAUGUAAUGCUGAGUGCGCGCUCUGCUUAUCUCUCCCCUUAUAAAGCCGCCGCCUCCUCUACUCCCUCAGCACUCGCUCCUCUGCCCCCAGCCCUACAGGAGACACACGCGGAACUUCAGCGCCGGGACCACGGAUCUCUCAUAGGAACUCAGUUCUGCCAUCACAUUUUUUGUCUUCUGUAUUACUCCUCCAGCCCUGCUCCUCGAGGGACCCCUCCACAUCUGCUGAGGCAGCCCACCUACUCUUCCAACAACACCUGCUCUUCUACAUGGGGUGUAUUUACUUUUUUUAAACCAGGGUCUCCAUCAUCUUUUCAGCAAGAUCUUCUAUUAUCACAGCUUAAACAGACUGUGGCCCUAUAUAUAUCUAUAUAUAUAUAUAUAUCUAUAUCUAUAUAUAUAUAUAUAUAUAUUUACCUUUCCUCUGUACCCCUGACACCCCUGCCCACCCUCCAGCCAUGGGGCGCUACACAGGCAAAACUUGCCGGCUCAUUUUCAUGCUGGUGCUGACCGUGGUCUUCUUUGUGGCAGAGCUGGUGUCCGGCUACAUUGGCAACUCCAUCGCCCUGAUCUCGGACUCCUUCAACAUGCUGUCUGACCUCAUCUCCCUGUGUGUGGGCAUCACAGCCUCUCAGAUUUCUCGGCGCAAGAGCCGGGGCCCCAGGGCCACAUAUGGUUAUCCCAGAGCUGAGGUGGUGGGUGCCCUGUGCAAUGCCGUCUUCCUCACUGCCUUGUGUUUCACCAUCCUGGUGGAUGCGGUGAUGAGACUGGCCCAACCCCAGAGGAUCGAUAAAGUCACUCUGGUUCUGAUUGUGGGGGCCCUGGGGCUGCUAGUGAACAUUGUGGGGCUGCUGGUCUUCCAAGACUAUAGCGCUUGUGUGCGAUUCUUCUGCGGACGCAAGAGUGACCUAGAGCGCGCCAACUCUUCCGACCACCAGCUCAGUGUCGCCCCCUACAGAACAGAUGGUCAGCAAGGACAGGAGGACAACCAAGCAGGUGAUGCUAUGAGCCCCCCGGGGGAUGCAGAGUGCGAAGAAAAGAAGCAGGAGGAGAAGAAAGCGGCGACGCUGAAUAUUAGAGGUGUUAUGCUCCAUGUGAUGGGCGAUGCCUUGGGCUCAGUGGUGGUGGUGGUAACUGCCGUCAUUUUCUAUGUGCUCCCCUUGGCCAAGGACGCCCCCUGUAACUGGCAGUGUUAUAUAGACCCCAGUCUGACUGUGGUGAUGGUUGGCAUCAUCCUCUUCUCUGCCUUCCCGCUCAUCAAAGAGACGGCCAACAUCUUGCUUCAGAUGGUCCCUGAAGGAGUCCAAGUGGGAGAGAUCGGUCAAAGGUUAUCCUCAGUUUCUGGGGUAAAAAGCGUCCAUGAGAUCCAUAUCUGGGAACUCGCCAGCGGAAAGAACAUUGCCACCCUCCAUGUCAAAUUCCAGGACUUCGGCAAUCACGCCACUGCCAGCCAAGAGAUCCGAAGAAUCUUCCACGAGGAGGGGAUCCACGCCGUAACCAUCCAGGCCGAGUUUCCCAACGAGAAAGAUCUGACGCUGACGUGCAGUGCGCCGUGCAUCUCCGAAAAAUGCGACACCCAUCUCUGCUGCAGCCGCGAACUGGUUCCCUACUCCGAGAUCGACGGCAAGACGCUGAAAAAGGGCAAAUCCUCCCAAGUUUGGUACAGGAGCAAUGACUUGGCGGUCAAUGUUGAUGCUCAGGUUUCUGUAGAACCUUUGUGCGAAGAAGAAGCUGGACUGAAAAUGAAGGAGGGAAUGCAGAACGGCUUCACCGUUGAGAAGGAAACCCAGAAGUCCACUCAUUUAUAACAAUAAUCAUAUAUACAGCUGUAUGGACCAAUAAGAACUCAGCCCAACCAGUCCUGUCAAUGCUCUAUACUAAGUAUCUGGACAUCACAUGACUUGAAGGCAGGACAUGGUAUGGGCAAAUAUAUGUAUUUUUGUAGGUGUUUUUACUGUUAAGGCUCCUGUUGAAUGCGAGGUGAAAGGUUAAUGGGCCAGAAAAACAUGUCAGACAGGCUUUAUGGGGCCAGAUAAACAUGUCGCACAAGCCCUGGGGACAACAGGAAUCAGUCAAUCUUGUAUAAUGGUUAUUGACUCAUGGAAUAGAAUAAUGUUUCUCUACCAACUCACUGCAUGACAUGAGCAGACUGACUUCAGGGGCUUCAUUAACCAGGCGUUUAAAUAAUAUAUUACUAUAUUAAAGGGUUUGUUCACCUUUGGGUUAACUUUUAGUUAACUUUUAGUAUGAUGUAGAGAGUGAUACUCUGAGACCAUUUGCAAUUGGUUUUAAUUUUUUACUAAAA